AUGCUUGACAGCCCUAACCAAGUGACUGUUGAGAGUUAUGAGACCACUGAAAGCGGAAACUGGAGACUUGACUUAUUGAACACUCCCAUAAUGGCUCGCUCAGGUGAUAGAAUUCGACAAGAUUUAUUAAGCAAACUGACAUAUCAAAAGAUAUGGCUGACACCUUCAGAAAAGCCUGAGUCUCAUCAAACUGUCUUUAUCUAUGACUGGGAUGACACUCUUUUGUGUACUUCCUUCCUAAACCCUACUGGGUUUUACGAAGAGGACGUAGAGAUACCUGAAAUGGCCAAAAAACAUUUAGAAAAACUUGAAAAAGCAGUUGAGAAAUUGAUAGUAGCAUCUGUAAAGCAUGGUAAAACAUAUAUUGUCACUAACGCAGCAGAAGGAUGGGUCCAAUUUAGUAGCAAAAAGUAUAUGCCCAAAGUAUACUCCGCUCUCUCUGAUGUUGAAGUUAUCUCAGCUCGUAGUCUCUUUGAACUACAGUUCCCAGGUGACUCCUACGAGUGGAAGAUGCAAGCCUUCACGAACAUCCAAAAAGACCUAGAAUCUUCAAUGAUCACGAAUAUAAUAGCAUGAGGUGACUCAAGGAUCGAGAUGGAGGCUGCGAGGCAUAUUGCCAAGCUUUUCCAGACUGCCUUCAUCAAAACAGUGAAGUUCAAAGAGACCCCAACUCCAGAGGAGCUUAUUAAGCAGCUAAACCUGGUUAUCCAGAAAUUAGACCAUAUUUCAAGCGCCCCAAGGAAUUUGACCAUUAGGCUUGAGAGAAAAGGAAAGUAA